GCGCAGAUAUCUAUUUUGGCGAUACAGGUUAUGUUGGAUGUUGAGGUUGUCCCAGAGUUAGGCAUACGCCAUAAGCUAUGGGAGUUUGUACUUGGAAUGCCUAUUCAACAGAUGAUUGACAUUCUAAGGAAACAAGAUCAUACCAUUAAAAAUGUUGACUUUUGGUACAAUGACAAGGAUCCUUUUAGUCUGAAUUUGGUCUUGGUAUUGCCGGGUGACGGUAUGAAGUUCCACUUCGACCCAUUUCUUCAAAGAUUGAGGAUCAUUGAAGUUUUUGACUUAUCUUCGAUCACUUUACGGUAUUGGUCGCAGUAUUUUAACAGUUCAUCUGUCCUUCCAACUAUGCAGGAAGUGUUGAGGAUAUUUGGUUCUACCAAACCCCUAGCUCCGGCAGAAUCAGAUGGGGAUUAUCAACUAACCUAUCGGGGUAUUACUUUUAUUCUAAGAAAGUUUGCCACUGGGAUAACAGGAGGAAGUCGGGAACCGGUUGAACCUAAGUCGGACCUACUUGUUACACGUCUGUUUAUCUACCUUGGCAGUAACUUAACAGAGGCUAAGGUUCCAGUUGAAUUACCUAGCGCAUGUUAUUUACAGAAUGUUUUUUUGGAAAGACUUGAAGUAAACCGAUCGACUAGUGCUACAACAGAUUUGACGUUACAUCUUGUUGCCCAAGAUUUAAAUGUGAAUCCAAUACGUGAACCUCAAAUUCAUCGAUUUACUCGUUGCUUAACUUUUGGCGAUUCUGUUCAGGAUGUACUUUCAGCCUUAGGCUCACCAAGUCGUGUAUUCUAUAAAACUGAGGAUAAAAUGAAAAUUCACUUACCCCAACCACAUCGCCUUGUUCAACCAAGAAAAUCAGAUUAUUUUUUCAAUUAUUUCUCAUUGGGUUUAGAUAUAUUGUUUGAUGCACAAACUCAUGAAGUGAUGAAAUUUGUUCUGCAUACAAAUCAACCUGGAGAGUAUACAUUUAACACGGAUUAACCUUGUCACAGGAGAACUCCUAUUAGGCCCAGACUGCAUAGAUGACGUGGUCGUGUUAGGUGAAAACGCUGACAAGUUACAGUUUUCUGGACAAGUUGAAGGGCAACUUGGGAAUGUUUGGGAUGCGUUUCCCACCAACCAAAUGAAAAUAACUGUUCCACGACUAGUCUGCGUUGGCGUCUUGUUUGACAACAGGGAUUGAAGUCGUUGAACGCAUUGGUCACUUAACUUACCUGGUAAGUUGGAUGAGCCUUGGCCGGUAAGUAACCGGCGAAAUUUCUGCACAGAUACAAAAGACUUGACCAGCUUUCGCCUACUGAUACCAUUUAUGGCGCCGCCGUGAUAUUUGAUUUUCUAUUAAUGGUCUGGUUUACUGUACUGCAGUUCGCUAUGAUCUGCUAUGUGGUUGUGAGAAAUGACCAAUAAACGUGGAGGAUAUGAGAAGACUUCGGGUGUUUGACCACCGAUGCCUCCGUAAUAUGAUUGACUGAGUGGCAAAACCAACGUGGGACCUCGCAUACGUGUGCAUUGGCUCAAGUUGCCGCACUUCACAGUAGGUACACAAGGAACAGGUGGAUAGGGAAACAGUGAUGCCAAAGUAGACAAAGUUGUUUAAGAGAAUAAACAAUCUGAAGAUAGCGGUUAGUGCAGUUAUUCAAGCUUCAGAAGAUGUCAAGGAAUUAUGAACGAUUUUCAUCCAUGUCACCAAGAGACCCCCAACCACUGAUUCUUUUUGUCUCGGGGACCCCAUCCAGACAGUCUACCCCUCUUUAUACAGCCCAAGCCAACAAUAAGGGACUUCAUCGACUGGUGUUACGUCUUCGUCUGGCCACCCUGAACCCUCCUCCAACUUAACCCAACUUCCUCUAGCAUGGGCCGUGUACCAUGGUGUAACCACAUUAGUCAUGCAAAAGUCAGAUCUAGAGUUUUAGGGAUGAGAGGAAAGUCAGUUGCUGUGGUUGUUAAACUACAUCGACUAGGGUGAGUGGGACAUAUUUUACGCAUGCCUGGUUACUAUCUGCUUCAUUGCACAGAGUUAGCUGAAGCAGGUUUAGGCUGGAAAAUGGCUGAGGGUGGACAGACUAAAAUGUGGCAUUAACCCCUGAUGCUGUUGACUUUUUAUCUGAGUCAUGUAGAUAAAUGUAAACUUCAAGGUUGGAGUUCGCAUGAAGGCAGAAAUCAGUAAUUGUAGACUGUAAAUGACACUGUUCAAAAUCGAUUGCAUUGUCAUAUCCACAUAUUUUUCUCAUCUUAUUCGUCAUACUGAAUUCAGUGAUUUCUCACUCCUCUUUCCUCUCUUUUACUGCUUUUGACUGGUUCUUCUCUGUUUCUUUAUGGUUCAUCAUAUUGUUGUGUUGCUUAGUGUGAUGAUUUGAGGCGUGGCAACUUGAACCGUUAUACAGUAGUGCCUUAUCCUGUGGUGAUAUUGAUGGUGUGUUCUUUUCUUGUGCUACAUUUCCUACUGACUCCAAGUUGGUGUUGGUGUAAAGUAAGAGAUCUAGCAAUUGAGAAAAUCGUUUCGAUUCUAUCAUCCAUUGAAGAUAACUGUUAUAUCAACACCAGUAGUUAACAUGAGAAGCAUUCAAGUCAAAUUCUAUUUUAGUUGAUUUGUUAGACAUAUCACGC